UUGUUCACAGGAGAUGUGCGAAUAGUGGUGCUUCAGUGCAUCUGUUCCUGCUGAUAAACCUCGCCGCAGGGCUUUUGCGAGCCCCGUUAGAUUCGUUCCCUCAUUUGCUCAGACUUUGGAUGGAGUGGAGCUCCAAGGUGCCGCCGCCGCCUUGGGAUAUGGCGGAACUGGGGCAGGGGGCGGAGGUCAGCAUGGGGGCUCUGGCCGGGCCGGGCUUCGUUCUCGGGAGCCAGAGCGGCGGGUUGAUGGAUUGUUCAGUCGAUCUGAGACUGGGUGGGCUAGGUGAGUUCAGGCCGGCGGAGAGGUGGCUCCCCAACCCCACAGAGUCCUCGGCGGCAGCGGCUCCGUCGCGGAGAGCCCGGGCGAGCGGCAAUGCCAGCGCCUCGUGCUUAGUAGACGAGUGCAAGUCCGACCUCAGUAACUCCCGGGAGUAUCACCGGCGGCACAAGGUCUGCGAGGUCCACUCCAAGACUCCGGUGGUGAUGGUUGGCGGGCAGGAGCAGCGCUUCUGCCAACAGUGCAGCAGGUUUCACCAACUGGUGGAGUUUGACGAGGCGAAACGAAGCUGCCGGAAACGCCUGGACGGGCACAAUCGACGCCGGAGGAAGCCUCCUCAAGAAUCCAUCAACACCAGUCGCUUAUUCCGGAGCACUCAGGGCAUGCUAGGAAGCAGCAGGUUCCUAAUGUAUCCUCCUCAUCCGACGGCUCCAAUUCCGGCACAGGGGCACGAGGACCCACCGCUUGCAACUUCCUUUCUGCACGGCGACGCCGGUCCUUUCUCUCAGUCCACAUUCCGGCCCAUGCUCAAGGCGACACCUUCAGCAGAGAGCGGCAGCAGCAGCAGCAGAAUUCUUGCCCAAGCCUUCGACUCCGACUGUGCUCUCUCUCUUCUGUCAGCGGCAGCUCAAGAGGAUUCGGGCAUCGGCCAGAUGCUGCCUGCUGGAAGGAUUCCCAUGCACCAGCCCCUGGUUUCAGACCUUGCCUACGCCGCCGCUCAGGCCUCAUGCUACGCUCCAGUGGGCGACGUGUUUGUUUGCGGGGCUGGGGACUGCCAGUGUGUGUAUAAUGCGAUGGGUGGAGGAGGGCCUGCAGAGGAGGCCUCCCAAGCUCCUCCCUUCUCCUGGCAGUGAAUCGAUCGAUCUGAUCUCUGUUCGACAUAUAUUCUAAGUAUGAUGAUGAUGAUUAUUUUUUUAAAAAAAA